AUGUCUGCCAUACAUAGGAGUGUCUUCAUCCUCUUCCUCUGUCACCGCACUCUGGCCUCUGUUUCCUACAACGAGAAAGAUUUCCUGGCCAACCUCACCUGGAACUACGACCGGAAGAUCCGCCCAGUGUUGGACGGUUCCAAUACGACAGUGAGUAUCAGCAUGGGACUGUACUCAAUUUAUGCUCUGGACGAAAAACAGGAAGUGCUCAGCUUUAAAGCAUAUGCUGUUAUGGUGUGGAAGGACCAGCUUUUGGUGUGGAACACAGCGAAUGACAUUCCCGUUCUUGUAACUAUGCCCUUGGCGGAUGUAUGGUCUCCAACCGUAGUAAAUAUUGAUUCUGUGACGAAUAUGAGGUACCUAAAAUAUGAAACGGACACGGUGAUUAUCUAUCAGGAUGGUACAGUUAUAUAUAACUACAUAGGUAGGUUUGACACAGGAUGCAAGGUCAAUAUCCAACAGUUUCCUUUCGAUCGUCAGACAUGUAAUCUUCACUUUGACACAUUUUAUGCUCCUGCAAGUAAGGAAUAUCUGAACGUAGUCGACUCGUAUGUAAAUCUGGAAACAUAUCAGGAAAACGGAGAAUUUCACCUUCUCAGUGCAUCAAUCACACGGCAGAAAUACACCCUUCUCAAUGAAUCUCAUAACUGGAUAGAAGUUACCCUUGUCCUGAAGAGACGAACCACCUUCUACAUCCUCAACAACAUCCUGCCUGUCGUGUUCCUUUCCUUUCUUAAUAUCUUCGUAUUCCUGUUGCCCGAGGAGAGUGGUGAGAAGGUGUCACUGUGUGUCUCCAUCCUGUUGUCAUAUGCCAUGUUUCUCAAUCUCAUCAACUCCUACCUACCAGCGAACUCCGACCACCUGUGUUUCUUCAGUGUCUACGUCACCCUGCUUGUACUGAUCAGCACACUCACGUGUCUCGUCACAAUCUUCAUGCAGUUACUUCACACAAAUCUUCAAAGGGGCGAGGUCAGACCAAGAUGGCUUCCAAACGCAUGGGGAUCAGACAACAAAGUUGAAACAACCAAACUACAGACUGACGAUGUCUCUCCAAACAAAUCGGACGUGAAAGACAAAGCUAACAAGAAGUCAGAAAUGAAGGAUGCAAUACUCACCAAGUACAACAGAAUGGCAUUUGGAACGUUCUUCACACUCACGGCUCUCAUUAACCUUAUAUAUUUCAUUAGCGUAUCUCUAUGA